AUGAAAAUAGUGAGCCAUUUGUCUUCUAUCAGUCUUAAAGCAGCUGUGGUGUAUGUUGAUCUUGCUGUAUAGCUGCACAGUAAGAGUCUCAUCAUCUCUCUUUUCUUUGGAGGUCAUGAAACGCGUACGCACAGAACAGAUUCAGAUGGCAGUGUCCUGCUACCUCAAGCGCCGUCAGUACGUGGACUCGGAAGGUCCCCUAAAACAAGGGCUGAGGCUGUGUCAGACUGCUGAAGAGAUGGCAGCUAAUCUCACAGUCCAAUCUGAAUCUGGUUGUGCCAACGUUGUGUCUGCAGCUCCCUGCCUGGCAGAGCCACAGCAAUACGAAGUACAAUUCGGACGAUUACGCAAUUUUCUCACAGAUUCAGAUUCUCAGCACAGCCAUGAAGUGAUGCCUCUUCUGUAUCCCCUCUUCGUCUACCUCCACCUGAACAUGGUCCAGAAUGGCCUAAAAAGCACAGUGGACAGUUUUUACAGCCGCUUCCAUGGCAUGUUCUUGCAGAAUGCCAGCCAGAAGGAUAUCAUUGAGCAGUUGCAGACUACCAUGACUAUUCAAGAUAUCCUUUCCAACUUGAAGCUCCGGGCUUUUCUGGACAACAAGUACGUCAUCCGCCUUCAAGAGGACAGCUACAACUACCUUCUUCGCUACCUCCAAAGUGACAACAACAACGCCCUGUGCAAAGUCCUGACCUUGCACAUUCACCUGGAUGUGCAGCCCGCCAAGAGGACCGACUACCAGCUCUACGCCGGCGGGAGCCACUCGCGCAACGAAAGCAACGGCCUGGAGCCCAGCGAGGUGCCGGCCUCCAUCCUGCAGAACGAGGCGGCGCUGGAUUUACUGCAGGACAGCAUUAAACGCGUCAAGGACGGGCCCCCUUCCCUAACGACCAUCUGUUUCUAUGCCUUCUACAACACAGAGCAGUUGCUGAACACAGCAGAGAUUUCACCAAAUAGCAAGCUGCUCGCUGCUGGGUUCGAUAAUUCGGCUGUGAAGCUGUGGAGCCUGCGUUCCAGGAAGUUAAAAUCUGAGCCCCACCUCGUUGAUGUGUCCCACAUCCGCCUGGCUUGUGACAUCCUGGAUGAGGAGGUCUGGACACCCUUUUUUUCUCCCCCUACCCUUUCUACUGAGGUAUUUUGGGCGUGCAUUGUGGAGUAUCUAGUGAAGUCUUAA